AUGAGUUCUGAUUGCUCUGUCCCCAACUGUCCUGAGGAAGCAAUCUUUUCUUGCAAAUGCUCCCCUAAUUCCAAAAUCUGCAACACCCACGUCCAAAGACAUAUAAAUUCUCCUCACGAGCUGACCCAAUUAUUUGUUAUAGUAAACGACGAAAACAGAGACAACCUUAUCUCAGUAAUCAAAGAAAAAAAGAAAAAAAUAAAAUUUUUCCGAGACAAGCUUACGUAUGACGCUGGUCUUGCUAUUGACAUAAUAAGACGGUCACUAGAAAUCGGCCUUUUUCAAUUGUCAAAGCUUGCAGAGAGCUACGAUAACUUAAUAGAAGCCACUAAAAAAAUCAAUAAAAUAAACACCCAAAAUUUCGUAUGUGAUUUUGAUAGGAUGUUUACUAUGAAUACUGAAAAAUUAGCUGAAGAGUUCAAUAAUUAUGAACUUUUACGUGACGCUUUUAAUGAUUGGUGCAUCAAAAUAAUGAUAAGGGAGCCAAAUCUUGUCCCUAUUGUUGAAUUAGAAUCAAAAAUUAGAGAUCUGCUGGAGCCAAAUGAUAAUUCGUGAAGUCUUAAAAUAGACUCUAAUUUUGGGAAUUUAAAAAAUGCUUAUUGGAAUCCUGUGAAUGAUAGUGAAAAGUCCAGGAUUUCUUUAGAAGGAGAUAUUUAUCUUUAUCAAUUUUAAAGCUGAAUACUACAAGACUCCUUAUAAAUGCAAUAUUAAGGCUAAAUUAAGCAUAUUUCUCUAUUAAAUCUCUAUGUAAAAUUUUAUAUGUGCUGAGAUAUAGAAUAAAAUUUAUAUAUAUGAGCAAUCAUGUAAGAAAUCACUCUUCAAUAGCAUAAGAGCCAAAAUACGACAAUAUCUCUUAUAUUUCUUAUUAUCAAGAUUAGGUUUUCAGUUAAAAAAGGGGGGGGGGUGAGUUUCAUGCUCAACCAACCAUGGAGGAAUUAAAAAUAACAAGCCAAAUGGAAAAGGAUUUUUGACAUUGAAAAAUGGAGGAGUUUAUGACGGUGAUUUUGUAGAUGGUAAAAGGUGUGGCAAAGGAAAAUUUAUCAGCAAAGGAAAAGAUGUAUAUGAAGGAGAAUGGAACAAUGACUUACCUAAUGGAAUCGGGAAAUAUACAUGGGCAUAUGGAGACAUUUAUGAAGGAAGCUUUGUGGAUGGAAAAUGUGAAGGGGAUGGGAAAUGCAUUUAUGUAAAUGGAAAUACAUACGAAGGGGAAUGAAAAGAUAAUCAGCUUAAUGGGAAAGGAAAAGCUGUUUGGGCGACUGGAAAAGAAUAUGAAGGAGAAAUUAAGUUCGGGGUCCAAGAAGGAUAUGGGGUACUUAAGUAUAAAAAUGGAGAUGUGUAUGAAGGGGAAUGAAAAGAAGAUAUGCCACAUGGAUAUGGAACCUGGAAAUAUAGCAAUGGAGAUAUAUAGAACUAAAGGUAAUUAAUAUAUUAUUUAUAUAAAAUCUAGAAAUUUGGUAGAUUUAUUAUACAAAAUAUAGAACUCGCCUUGUAAACUUUAUAGUCAUAUUUUUGGUAGAUAACCUAUUAAAAUAUAUUUAUGAAGGGAACAUGAGUCAACAUCGUAGAAAUGGCUAUGGGAAAUAUAUUCACGCAAAUGGAGAUAUCUAUGAAGGAGAAUGGAUUGAUGGCCUUCAAAACGGCAAAGGCAAAUUAAUUUUGUCGACUGGCGAGAAAUUUGAAGGCAUGUUCAAGGAUGGGCGUUUAGCUGAAGAUGAAAAUUAA